AUGCCUGGGACGGUGGCAGAUGGACCUACGGUCUCCAUGUCUUUUGCGAAUAACUUCUGGGGUAAAGAUGAUGCGGGACUUCAGCCUAUGCUGGACCGCAUGCAUAAUUCAAAGGUUACAAAUGAUGAAUUGAAGGUUUUCUAUAACCUUCGAGCUUCUAUUGAAGAUGAAUACGCCCGCAAACUCCAGGCUCUCUGCCGCAAGACACUUGGCUCAUCUGAGACCGGGUCGCUCCGGAACUCGCUCGAUGUGGUUCGUGGGGAGACAGAGGCAAUUGCCAAGGCACACGCGGCAAUCGCAGGACAAAUGAAGACUGAACUGGAAGAGCCACUAGCUGCGUUUGCCAGUGGUAUCAAGGAGCGACGGAAGAUCAUUCAACAAACCAUUGAACGCCUUCACAAGACUAAAAUGCAACAGACGGCGGCUGUCAACAAAACACGCGAUCGUUAUGAACAGGAUUGUCUUCGCAUUAAAGGAUAUCUGGCGCAGGGACAUAUGGUUAUGGGACAAGAAGAGCGCAAGAACAAAGCCAAGCUUGAGAAGACCCAAAUUCAGCUCGCGUCCAACAGCAACGAAUAUGAAGCCGCCAUUAAACAACUUGAAGAGACUACUGGACGUUGGAAUAAGGAGUGGAAGUCUGCUUGUGACAAGUUCCAAGACUUGGAAGAGGAGCGUCUCGAUUUUACGAAGAGCAGUCUGUGGACAUAUGCGAACAUUGCCUCGACUGUUUGUGUCAGCGACGAUGCUUCUUGCGAGAAAGUCCGUCUUUCAUUGGAAAACUGCGAAGUGGAGAAGGAUAUUCUCGCCUUCAUUAAGGCGAGCGGAACUGGUCAGGAGAUCCCAGACCCUCCUCGAUUCAUCAACUUUUGCAAAGACGACGAUACUGGUUCUGAGAUGGAUGAGGCCGAGGGCUACUCGGUUGCCCAGUUCCAGCGCACCAUGAACCCUGCAUUCCGUACAUCAUCUCCCCAGCCCUCGACCUUCGAGUCUCACAACGACCCGCAGUCUGAGCUUGCAGCUCAUAUGGGCCACCCUGCUCCUCCCGCUAACGAAGUGCCGAUCCCGCAACCUGCCUCUCAGCCUGCGCCUUUGGAUCUCCGUCGUGGAGGUGCGCCGCCCCCGAACUAUGACCCUGAGCGACAUGGAGAGAUUGGAGCCGUUCCCCACAACGCAUACCCCACAGAUGGUAUGACCAUGUUCUGUCGUGCGGGUCCCCCAUCGGAGCGCAGCUCGGCAGCCAGCGCCUAUCGCCCAUCUAGCCGCGACUCUCAAAGCGAAGUUUCGAACCCUACCUCUAUGUCUAGUGUCGAAGCAACGCCUACCAAGAAGUCCAUCCCGAAGCCAACAAACAGUGCGCCACUUCCAAGCUCCUUCGAAGACAAGCAGUCACCAUCGCCAAAGAAGAAGAGUGCAUUCUUCAGCAACAGCCCCUUCCGUCGCAAGAGUCGCCACGAUAAAGAACGACCUGUCAUUCCUUCACAGCCAGCUAUGUCCCCACAGGCCGCGCCUCGAAGUGGAUGGGACUCGCCAACUGCACAAAUGAGCCCGACUAAGCCCAUUAGCCCACCCAAACAGAUGAGUCCCUCCAAGCAAAUGAGCCCACCAAAGCAGGUCACCCCCGCCAAGCCUCCAGCUGGUCCACCUCCUUCGGCAGCCCCUCCUACUCGUAUCACUGCAAGCCCCGAACCUGUUGACCCCCGAGCCAACUUCCAGCUCAACGUCGGUAACAAUGUAUUUGACGUUGCUUCUCCUGAGAAGACCUCGCCAAAUAAGGGGGCUCAGGCAGCUAAGGCUCCCGAAGACGACUUGGAUCCCAUGGCACGUGCUCUGUUUGAAUUGAAGACAAAUGGAAAGCAGUCUGCGACUCGAGUUUCUGCUGAUAGAUACGCUGGUAUCUCCACGCCUAACCCAUCUGCGCCUUCUUCUCAGUAUGGUGGUAGCAAUUCCAGUGGUACAGCGCCUCCGGCUUACAAUGACCCUGCGGUUAAGCGACUUGGAGCACCCCAGCCCGCCUUCACAGCCAAGCAAAUGCAGAAGACGACCCAAAAAUACACCGGUCAAACCCAGACCAUGCUUCGGGGCCAAAACAACAGCAUGGGAUCCAGGCACAGCGGUCAAACCCAGGAAGUCCCUCGUGCCAGAUCACCUGCACCAAGACGGAGCGCCAGUCCUCAGGUUGCGCCUCGGGCUGCAUCUCCACGUGUGGAUACUCGCAUGAGCCAGAACAGCAGAGGAGCAAGCCCAAGCCCGGCCUCCUACCAGUCCAACAGCAUGCGAAGCCAGUACAGCCAGUCGCCCACUCCUCGUCGCGCUGAAAACCCACCCUACUCUCCCAACGACUUCCAGAGAAGGCCCUCGCCCGCCAUGAGCCACCGUGCGGUGUCUCCUCAGCCUCAGUUCCGACAGCAAACUCGUCCCUCCAGUGCUGGUGGAAUGGAAUUGCAAUUGUCUGGAAACCAUGGUGAUAUGUACGGUGCUAGCAGCCCUGGUGGAUAUGGCUCGGCCCGGUCGAGUGGCCGCCCCUCAUCUACUUAUGGUGACGGCCCGCCUAUUGGCCGAUCCCGGAGCCGAACUCUGGCUGUUGCAGAGCCCGGACGCAAAUUCAGUCGCGACGGCCGUCCCAUUCUGCAUUUCGCUCGUGCCAUGUACACUUACAAUGCCGCAAUCCCCGAGGAGCUCGGCUUCGGCAAGGGCGAUGUCCUUGCUGUUCUCCGUCUCCAAGAUGAUGGCUGGUGGGAAGCCGAAGUUACCAAUGCCCGCGGCCACCCCGGUCUCGUGCCGAGCAACUAUUUGCAAAUCAUCUAA